UUACUCGGCCGACAGACAGAUCCAGCAAAUACAAUACGUUCUCUGUCCCUUUUUCCAUUACGCGUCUUAACAAACUCUCCGUCUCCUUCUUCUCUUUCUUCAUUACCCCCGCUGCUUAGCUUUGCUUUGCUUCUCUGUCUCUCGCACUCUCUCUCUCUCUCUCUCUCUCCGAAUCCUCCUCCUUCACCGGCAUUGAUCCGAAGCAGCCCAGUUUGGGAGUCCUCGAACUGGGUCUUUCUUCCUCUCAAGCAAGGAAUCAAUCUACCCACCAAAAGGGCCUUCGUUUCUGAUAAUUUUAUACAUUUCACUGUAUUUUAUUUGGCUGUCUUUAUCGGCCAUUCUUUAAUGUGCGUUUGGUGCUUAAGAACAUACAACCAAGGAAAGAGACGCUGUGCUGAGCUUUUCCUCGAUGGCGUUCUAGUGAUUUCUGCUUUCUUUCUUUGCUUUCUUUGAUUUGAAGAGUUUGGGUUUCAUGGAUACCAAAGGUCGCCUCGUCGCCGGUUCACACAACAGGAACGAGUUUGUUCUCAUCAAUGCAGAUGAGGUUGGACGAGUAACAUCAGUGAAGGAAUUAAGUGGACAGAUCUGCCAGAUUUGUGGAGAUGAGAUCGAAGUUACAGUGGAUGGGGAGCCAUUUGUUGCCUGCAACGAAUGUGCUUUCCCUGUUUGCAGGCCUUGCUAUGAAUAUGAAAGAAGAGAAGGCAAUCAAGCUUGCCCUCAAUGCAAAACCAGAUACAAACGCCUCAAAGGGAGUCCCCGGGUGGAAGGAGAUGAAGAGGAAGACGAAUUUGAUGACUUGGACGAUGAAUUUGACUUGGGGAGCAAUAUCCAGAGAGACCCUCAGCACAUUGCAGAGGCAAUGCUCUCGGCCCGGCUGAACACCGGCCGUGGGUUGGGCCGCACCCAAACCAAUGCGUCGGGGCUCACUACUCCCUCUGAGAUGGAGACAUCUUCUCUUCAUCCAGAAAUACCCCUCCUUACCUAUGGCCAAGAGGACGCUGGGAUUUCCCCUGAUAAGCAUGCUCUCAUUAUUCCUCCAUUUAUGAGUCGGGGAAAGCGGGUCCAUCCAGUUCCAUUUCCUGAUUCCUCUGUGUCCUCCUUGCCACCAAGACCAAUGGAUCCUAAGAAAGACUUAGCAGUGUAUGGCUAUGGCACCGUUGCCUGGAAAGACAGAAUGGAGGAGUGGAAGAAAAGGCAGAGUGAUAAGCUUCAAGUGGUUAAGCAUGAAGGAAAUGGCGGUGGGAACAAUGAUCCGGAUGAGUUUGAUGAUCCUGAUUUGCCCAAAAUGGAUGAGGGCAGGCAGCCGCUUUCACGGAAGUUACCAAUUUCAUCAAGCAGGAUAAACCCAUACAGAAUGAUCAUCUUACUCCGUCUUGCCAUUCUUGGACUUUUCUUCCACUACAGGAUUCUCCACCCAGUCCAUGAUGCAUAUUGGUUGUGGCUGACCUCAAUUAUUUGUGAAAUAUGGUUUGCUGUGUCAUGGAUACUUGAUCAGUUCCCGAAAUGGUUCCCGAUUGAGCGAGAAACCUACCUGGACAGACUAUCUCUGAGAUAUGAGAAAGAAGGGAAGCCAUCAGAGUUAGCUCCUCUAGACAUAUUUGUCAGUACUGUUGACCCAAUGAAAGAACCUCCACUUAUCACUGCAAACACGGUUUUGUCCAUUCUUGCUGUGGAUUAUCCAGUUGAUAAGGUGGCCUGCUAUGUCUCAGAUGAUGGGGCUGCCAUGCUCACAUUUGAAGCCCUUUCUGAGACAUCUGAAUUUGCAAGGAAGUGGGUUCCAUUCUGCAAGAAAUUCAACAUUGAGCCUCGUGCCCCAGAGUGGUAUUUUGCUCAGAAGGUUGACUAUCUUAAGGACAAAGUGCAUCCUACAUUUGUGAGGGAGCGUCGUGCAAUGAAGAGGGAGUACGAAGAGUUUAAAGUUCGGAUAAAUGGUUUGGUUUCGAUGGCACAGAAGGUUCCUGAGGAGGGUUGGACAAUGCAGGAUGGGACUCCAUCGGGUAACAAUGUCAGGGAUCAUCCUGGAAUGAUCCAGGUAUUCUUGGGCCAUGAUGGUGUUCGUGACAUUGAAGGAAAUGAGUUGCCACGUCUCAUAUAUGUUUCUCGUGAGAAGAGGCCAGGAUUUGAGCACCACAAAAAAGCUGGUGCAAUGAAUGCUCUGGUUCGGGUCUCGGCAGUCAUUUCAAAUGCACCUUACUUACUGAAUGUUGAUUGCGAUCACUACAAAAACAGUAAGGCACUUCGUGAAGCCAUGUGUUUUAUGAUGGACCCUACUUCAGGAAAGAAAAUAUGCUAUGUGCAGUUUCCUCAAAGGUUUGAUGGGAUCGAUCGUCAUGAUAGAUACUCAAAUCGCAAUGUUGUUUUCUUCGAUAUCAAUAUGAAAGGACUGGAUGGGAUUCAAGGACCAAUUUAUGUUGGAACAGGGUGUGUAUUCAGGAGGCAAGCACUCUACGGAUAUGAUGCUCCUGUCAAGAAGAAGCCUCCGGUUAAGACAUGUAACUGUUGGCCUAAAUGGUGUUGCUGCUUUGGAUCCCAAAAGAAGAAUAGGAAGGCAAAAUCAAAGGACAACAAAAAGAAAACCAAAAGCCGGGAAAUGUCAACACAAAUACAUGCACUCGAAAAUAUUGAGGAAGGAAUUGAAGGAAUAGAUAAUGAAAAAUCGGCCCUCAUGCCUCAGAUAAAAUUUGAGAAGAAGUUUGGACAGUCACCCGUUUUCAUUGCUUCAACGCUGCUAGAGGAAGGUGGAGUUCCACCUGGUGCAACUUCCGCAUCACUUUUGAAAGAAGCAAUUCAUGUCAUUAGCUGUGGUUACGAGGACAAAACAGAAUGGGGAAAGAGGUAUGGAGCAACUGUGGGCUGGAUUUAUGGCUCCGUUACUGAGGAUAUUUUAACUGGAUUCAAGAUGCAUUGCCAUGGCUGGCGAUCAGUCUACUGCAUGCCCAAAAGGCCUGCAUUCAAGGGAUCAGCUCCUAUUAACCUCUCAGAUCGUCUGCACCAGGUUCUUCGGUGGGCUCUGGGUUCUGUUGAGAUUUUCUUGAGCAGGCACUGCCCAAUCUGGUAUGGGUAUGGGUGUGGUUUAAAGCCACUGGAGCGAUUUUCAUACAUCAAUUCAGUCGUUUAUCCAUUGACAUCCAUUCCCUUGCUCGUAUAUUGUACCUUACCUGCCGUCUGUCUCCUUACUGGGAAGUUUAUUGUCCCCGAGAUUAGCAACUAUGCCAGUAUUGUUUUCAUGGCCAUGUUCAUAUCUAUCGCCGCAACUAGUAUUCUGGAGAUGCAGUGGGGAGGUGUUAGCAUUGACGACUGGUGGAGAAACGAGCAGUUCUGGGUGAUUGGAGGUGUCUCGUCUCACCUGUUCGCUCUCUUCCAAGGUCUUCUCAAGGUUUUGGCUGGUGUGGACACCAACUUCACCGUCACAUCCAAAGGAGGAGACGAUGGGGAGUUCUCGGAUCUCUACCUCUUUAAAUGGACGUCUCUCUUGAUCCCUCCAUUGACCUUGUUGAUCAUAAACAUAAUCGGGGUUGCAGUGGGGGUCUCUGAUGCCAUCAACAAUGGGUACGAAUCCUGGGGACCGCUCUUUGGCAAGCUCUUCUUUGCUCUAUGGGUCAUAGUCCAUCUUUACCCCUUCCUCAAAGGUCUCAUGGGAAAACAAGAUGGUGUUCCUACCAUCGUUGUGGUAUGGUCAAUCCUUUUGGCUUCUAUCCUGUCCCUGUUAUGGGUCCGAAUCAACCCAUUUGUGUCGAAAGAUGGUAUUGUGCUGGAAGUUUGUGGGUUGAACUGUGACUAGACAUGCACAAAAACUGGAUGUUUAGAUAUGGUUUGAAUCAUCGUGUGUAGAGGCCACCUGAGAAUUGCCGAGGACUAGGGCUUUGAGGCUAAGACAUCGACAUCCUGAACUCGGCCACUUUGGCUAUGGAUGAGAAUCAUCAGUAAACCAUAAACAGGGAGGAAGUCAUGGUGGCUUGGUUGUGUAGAUAAAGACUGGGACUCAAAACAUUCAUAUUUGUUGUUCUGCAAACCUUUUUUCCUUUUUGUAGUUUUUUUUUUCAUUCAUUCAUUUGAUACGUUUGGGUUUUGUGGGUUGCAAGGGAUAUAACUCAGGGAUCUCUGUGUAAUCCCAGUAGCACAUAAAAGUAAUUCUCAUAAUUUAUAUUCCCUUCUCAAUAAGUACGUGUUUAAAUUAA